CACUUGAUCUGCGGCGGGGCCAGCUAAGUAGUUAUCCAGCGCUGAUUCCAUGCCUUCUUCCAUUUCCAGCAGCAGCAGCAACAGCAGCAGCAGCAGCCGCAGGCUUUUCAAUCGCCCGGAUCCCACAUUCGCCACGCUCACCUUCCAGGAUGAGCAGCCAUCGCAGUCAGCGCAGCCAUCGCAGCCAUCGCAGUCGGCGCCGCCAACACAGUCGACCACUGGAGAGUCCGCUGCCAGCGUGGAGAGCGUGGUGACCAGCCAGCCGCGCGCCCACUUCACGAGCAGCCAUCACCAUUACCAUCUGCCGCACCAGUUCCAGCAUCCGCACCACCAGAACCACCACACGCACAGUGUCCGUGUGCCCACGCCCACGGUGCCGAGCAGCUAUACGCCGGCCACGGAUCCGGACGGCCGUUCGCCGAGCAACCUGCGACGGGCUGCAGCGCCAGCGGCGUCAGCGGCGUCAGCGGCGAGCGGCACGCUGACGGCGACGCCCAGCGAUGCUGGGCACGUGACGGUGUCCGUGUCGCCGGGCCGCAUGUCUGCACGCUCCUCGCAGCAUCACGUCACCAUCGAUGAGUCCAACUUGCCCACCAAGUGCAAUACGGAGCGUGCCGGACCCAGCGGCCUGAUACUCGUCGGCGGCGAGGGGGAUGGCGACGAGAAUGCCGGACCCGGCGGCGACAGCUCGGAGCCGCCCUCCUCGCCGGGCAGCAGCUCCCAGUGCCAGGAUCGCCAGAGCGGCCAGCUGGCCCUCAUGUACCACUCGCAUCAGCUGACCAACUAUCCGGUGAUGCCGGCCAUCAAGCGCACGCACCGCCCCUCCUUUGUCUAUCCGCCAAUGCCGCGCGUCAAGGCCGGCGAUGCUCUGGCCACACUCUUCUCGGCUCUCUACGGCAAGCUGCUCGUGGUCAUGGGCGUGGCCUUUCCCAUGGCCGAAGUUAUAUCCACCUACAUACCGCCAUCGUUCUAUGAAGUUUACUACUUGUAUUUGUAUAUUGGAAGCAUGAUCUUUUUGCUGUUCAUGUACGCCACGCUGCUCUGGGGACGACCCAAGCUGCCGGUGCCCGUGGCCACCUCGCCGAGCAAGAGCACGUCCAAGGUGAACGCCUCGGACAGCAUGGACGAAUCGGACACGGACAGCACCACGACGCGGCGCCGCAUCCAGCCGGCCAUACCGGUGCGUCGUCCGUCGCUGCUGUCGCCGCUCGGACGGCAGCACCACUACGGCAGCUUCUACUUGCGCAUGGGAGCAGUGGCAUUCGGCAUUGGCAGCAUGAUCUAUUCGGGCCUGGAGUUUGGGCAGUACUUCGAGCUGAAUCCGGACACCAAGUGCCACAAUGUGCUGCUCGCACUGACGCCAGCGACGCGCAUGGCCUUCAUCUUCAUUCAGAUGUACUUCAUAUUCCUGAACAACGAACAGAUCAAGGUCUACCGCUACAAGAUCAUCGCCCGCUUCGGCCUGAUGCACAUGAUCGGCACCAAUCUGGCCGUCUGGCUGAACGUGCUGAUCCAGGAGACGAAGCACGAGAUACUGACCUUUUAUAAUCCCGAAAAUCGCACGCUUCGCAUCUCGCAUCGCAUUCCGGGACACUCGCGCGGACACGCUGUCAUCGCCCACGAUCCGACGGCCCAUUUGCGGGUGCCGCGCGGCCUGAAGGGUCCCUACCAGAUCUUCGAGUGCCGGCGCACCAACAUCAUUGGCACCCUCGUGCAGGACGCCUCGCCCUUCCUGUUCCCCUGCACCAUCGAGUACUCGCUGAUCUGCGCGGCCAUCCUGUACGUGAUGUGGCGCAGCAUUUCACGGCCGCAAACGCCCACGCCCCAGCGACCGGACAUGAUUAGCUCGCCGAUGAAGCGCUCGCCGCACCACUACUCCGUGGACUGUGCCCGGGCCCACAAGGGCCUCUUCGUGGGCAUACUGAUCCUGGUGCUGACCAUCAUCUCGCUGAUCAUAUUCUUUGUGCUGAUCUCGCGGCCGGAGUUCGUGGCGCUGGCCGUCACCGAGGUGACCAUCUGCGAGCUGCUCAUCUACGGCACGGCGACCAUAGCCACGCUGCUGGGCAUGAUCCAGAUACGGCACUUGCAGUACGAUGCCUAUCGCAGCUUCUCCCUGGACGACAUCCUGCUGGUGGGCGCGCAGACCGGCUCGUUUCUGUACAACAUCUUCACGGUCAUUGCCGGGCACUUUACGCUGCGCAGCGACGACAUGCUGGUGCCCAUCAAUGCGCUGGCCUCCAUUGUGCAGACCGCCUGUCAGACGAUGUUCAUCCUGGACGCCAGCCGGCGGCAGGCCGUCAGUCCGGAGCACAUACGCAAGAAGCCCGGCCGUGAAAUCGUCACGUUCAUGCUGGUGGUGAAUCUGGCCAUGUGGGCCAUCAGCACGCUGGAGAAGUCGCGCGCCGAGUCGCAUCCCAUACAGCUGAACUUCUACGGACUGUGGGCCUGGACCAUUAUCACGCACGUGUCGAUGCCGUUGGCCAUAUUCUAUCGGUUCCACUCGACGGUCUGCCUGUGCGAGAUCUGGAAGCGGGCCUACAAGCUAAAGCCGACGUACAUGUGAGAAUUCGCCCGCAUGCGCAU